AUGUUCUACGCAGUGAACUUUUUAUCAAACAAAGGAAAGCUUUCAGCAGCCUGGGUGGCUGCAUACUUUGACAGGCGACUUAGCAAAUCUGAUAUCCAGCAGGUUGACAUAGAGGACACUGUGAAGUCAAUAAAAGCAGGGGAGGUGCCUGAGCUGGCGCUAAGAACCUCAAGCCAUAUUCUACUUGGCCUUUCAAGAAUACUUUUCCGAAAGACCAAAAUACUAUAUGAUGAGUGCAAGGAGCUAUUUAUAUGCAUGAAAAGAAAGGAGCCGUCUGAGGCUCAGCUGCAGAAAACAAGCAAGAAGCAGAUAACAUAUGCAAUUGACAUUUUCAAGCACAUAAGACUACCUAAUGAUAUAGCGGAAGUCGAUGCAGAGAUAGAGAUGGCGCGAGGGUCCAUGGUGGACAUGCUAAGUUUCCAGGACUACUCAAUGAGUCUGAACAACAUCUCCCUUUCCUUGGCAGAGACACUUUCUGAGGAGUAUGCGCAAAAUAAAACACACUCUUUUAUGAUGGGGGAGGAGAGCACGAUUCUUAAGGAAAAAGACGCAAGCUUUGAGCGCACAGAGGAGCUGCAGAGUAGCUCGCACAUAAAUCUGUCAAUGAUUUCACAAGGCGCGCCAUCUGUCUUGCUCGAUACAAUUUUAGCAAGCCCAGUAGCUCCAAGAAAAAGAGAAGCCCAGCAGGAUGCAUCUGCAGCAAAAAAACAGAAGCUAGACCAGACCACAGAGCUGGACUGCCAGAUUAUAAAGGCAUCUAAGCCACUGGCAGAGAAGAAGAGCAGAAAAGAGAGGCCAAGAGUUAUAAUCCCAGAAAUUCUGAAGGAUGCCCGUGCAUAUAUACAGAAAAUGCAUGUUGCAGGGCUUUCCAAGGAGGUAUGCGAAAAAGAGAGCCUGGGAGAGAUUAGUAGAAUAGAGGAGGCUGAAGGAGUACAGCAGGAACUGCGUACUAGUAUAUCAAGUGAGCUACAGGAAAUUACACAAAACCUCUUCAGCAGCACAGGCAACAAAUCAAACGCUGGAGGAGAUGACUCCUUAAUAGAAGUUCCAAGAGCGGAGGAAACACUUCUUCUAGAGACACCCGGGCAUGAUCUCUCUUUCAUACCACAGAGUAGCUUUAAAAAAGAUGAAAGCAUUUCAGAGCAAGAAACUCUGGAAGUGGAGGAUAUAGAGGCAGAUCUUCUCUCUACAUGCAGAAGAAUAAAAGCCCAGGCGUUUGUGCAUAUGUUGCGAAGAAUAACCGAUGGAAGCAUAUAUGUGUCUCAAGAAGCACCGAACAGCACGCUCACAAUUCGUCCAGCCAUUCUUGAAGGAAUUUCAUAA